AUGCCGAAGACCAAUGUCAAGAGGAAGGACCCUUCGACGACCGAGGUUGAUAGUCCUGUAAACGAACCAGUUCCGUCAUCGCCGACCGAGACAGCACUGCUACGAAUCAGCGAAGACGAAUUUAUACUUUUCCGAGUUCCGUGGCCCGACCCGAGGGCAGUGUUCGAUUGGCUGGCGUCGGCUGAGUAUGAAGUAUUAAUUUACGAGAGAGGGGGUUUGGUACUUGUGGAAGGUCUCGUAAUGAAAUCAAAAAACGAACCAAUGCGGUAA